AUGGAUUAUGAAGAUUUGACAUACUUAACUUCAGAUGAUGAAUAUGAAAAUGAAAGUAAAUAUAGAGAACCAGUUCCAUAUAUAACCAUAAAUAGAUUAGAUGAAGAUUCAGAUAAUAUCGAGAAAUCUUUAUUAAGUAAUAACAUAAAUGAUAUAGAUAACUCAGUAGAUAGACUUUUAAAAAAUAGUGAGAGAAUUGAUGUUGCUCUUUCAAGUAUAUAUGAUCUUGAAGAAAGACAAAAAAAGUUUAAGGAAGAAAAGAAAAAAUAUAACUUCAAAAGAUAUUUAAGAUAA